CCCCAAGUACUGUCACACGAAAGGGGUACUUGAGAACCCAGGCCGUGGAGCCGCCCAACUUAACUCCAAGCUGCUGGUGGCAUCGUCUGCACGCCAGCACAUAUUGACAUUUUACAUCAUGCCUGUCCUUUCAGUCGGUACGCCUCUGGGACCGGGAUCCUCUACUUGCGGCUAUUGUGGACCGCCGGGAGCACGAAGUAACACUGAGACUAACUUCAAGAAGGCAGGUCUUAUUGCCUCUCAACUGUCAUGCGAAGCCUAUCAAAAGAUGAUCGACCGAGGGUGGAGACGAUCUGGGAAAUAUUGUUAUGCUCCCGAUCUAAGACGCUCGUGCUGUCCUCAGUACACUAUCAGGCACGUUGUCCAAUCUCCACGUAUAUGGAAUCAUUUUGUUAUGCAAGGUCACAAAUCCGAGACUAGCGGUCCUCCGCUACAGCCUGACGGCACAUCGUCUGCCCCCAGGCCGUCCAAGUCAGAGGGUAAUGCUUCGAAGCGCGCCCCUCCGAUUUUUUCUCUGUCUACCUCAAUCCACUCUUCUGAGUGUAACUUCAUUCCUCAGAAUGAACCCUCUUGCCAUAAAUUCGAGGUGACGCUCGAGCCAUCAACCUACUCAGAAGAGAAAUACGCGCUUUAUGUGAUAUACCAGAGACAGAUCCACCACGACGAAAACAACACACCAGAAGAUUUCAAGGGUUUUCUGGUAAAAAGCCCUUUGAUAAAUGAACCUAUCCCAUACCCCGCAAACCCUCCGGCCCAUCUUCCGUCUCAAUAUGGUUCUUUUCACCAGAUGUACAGACUUGACGGCGAACUGAUCGCCGUGGGCGUCAUUGAUAUCUUGCCUGGCUGCGUUUCCAGCGUAUAUUUCAUGUACGAUCCAAGAUACGAAAAACAUUCCCUUGGGAAGCUUAGUGCAUUACGGGAGGCUUCAUUGGCCAGAGAAAUGCAUGAUGCAGGUGUUACCAACGUGACAUCACUUUUCAUGGGGUUCUACAUCCACUCUUGCCCCAAAAUGAAGUACAAGGGCGAAUAUUCGCCUUCGUAUCUCAUCGACCCUGAAGAAUUUACAUGGUUUCCUUUGGUGCAUUGUAUUCCCCAACUUGAGAGAUUUCGUUAUGCCACUUUCGCGUACCCAGAACAUUCGUUAGAAGGCCCACAAGAUCCUGGCGAAGGCCCUCCUGUUCGAGUCUCGGAGGAGCUACUCAGCGAAGUCAUGGUCAUUUAUUCCAUGCAACAUGGGACGAUAUCCGUGAUACCUAUUACUUCAUCUUACAGGUGGGACGAUGAAUAUAGUCGCGAGGAGAUUUUGAGUUGCAUCGGUGCGCUAGGAGAUGAGUUGUCAAAGGAGAUCAUAUUUCGACAAUAGAUGAUGGCGGGGUUUCUUUCUAUCCAAGGAUACAUUGUUAGCUUAAGUGAACCUGCUUCUUUACCGUCAUGCGAGCGUUCUCGGGACGGGACGUGAAACGGUGAAAGCCUCCGUUUUGUAGUUCAUUAAUUCACGUUCAGUGCACGUGAUCGUGUCAGCAACUU